AUGCGGCGCCAAGGCUCCAAGAAGACCUACUACAUGGCCAAGAACCGCGAUGACUUUGUCGCUGUGCGCGUCAUCGAAGAGAACGUGCCGGAGCGCCUCUUGAGCAUUGACGCCUUUGAUAUCCUUUGCCUUGCCAAGCUGCAUCGCAUGACGGUGCUAUGGGCCGCCAAGGCCAAGGACUCGGCCCCGUUCGACGACGCGACGCCUGCCAAGACACCGUCGAUUCGUCUGCAUCCCAAGAAGGAGACGCAGUCGGGGCUGCGUAUGAUCCUCAAGGGCACGAUCGAGCUCACGGCGAUUCUACAAGAGCAGCUCUUUGAGCUCCAGAGCAAGGGCUGGAACUCCAACACGGCCAAGGCCCUCGUCGCACCACACCACGCGUCGUAG